AUGUGUGGGCAGACAGCACGACAGCAGCAGCGCACAGAUGUAAUGUCUGGUGAGACGGUGGAGGAUCCUAGUCAGGAACAAACCCACAGUACUGGGGACCUCUUAGCGGCUGACAUGCUGGAUACAAACACAUUGCGAUCGGGAACGGAUGCUCAAGAAGUCUUCGAUGAUGAAGACCCGCUACUGGCGUUACUGAGAACACAGAGUGACCCAGAGGCAAACACCGACUUAUCACACUCCACAACAGCUCACAAGGGUGAUGAAUCUCCGAGGAAGCCAAGAAUAUCCUGGCCGAAAACGUCAGACAAGAAAGCAUGGAAAGACCUGGAUGAUGACCUUCAUGCAAUACUGGAGACAGCACUCCAAGGAGCAGUUGAGAGAAAGCUGGUUGCUUUAACCAACCUUGUCUACACAGUUGGGAAAGAAAGAUUCGGUCUGACUAUCCAGAAAACCACCAAGAAACCUGUACGGAUGAAUAGAAGGCAGCGACAGAUAAAGGGCAUCAGGAGUGAACUGAAGGUUUUGCGAAGGAGAUAUAGGCAUGCCAGGGAAGAAGAAAAGCCAGGGCUGAAGCAGUUAAGAGACAGCCAGAGGGAACAACUUUUAAACCUAUGCAAGGCAGAACAACUUCGUGAGAAAAGAAGGAAAAAGGCCAAACGUCUUGCUGAGUUCAUUGCAAAUCCAUUCAAGUUCUCUAAUAACCUGCUAGACAAAGAGAAAUCGGGCAAGCUAGAGAGCAGCAUGGAAGAAAUUACACAGUUCCUAACUGAAACGCACUCUGAUGAUAUCCGAGACGUACCGUUAGGCAACUGCCAGAGAAUAGAACCAGUACCAGAACCCACAACACCUCUAGACACCAAGGAACCUACACUGAAAGAGGUUUCAGAAGUAGUUCAAAAGGCAAGAGCAGGGUCGGCCCCAGGACCAAAUGGUAUCCCUUACAAGGUGUAUAAGAUGUGCCCUAAACUUCUUCGACGCUUAUGGAAUCUUCUGAAAGUAGUUUGGAGGAAAGGGAGGCGUCCCAGGUUCUCUAGAUGUGUGGAACAUACAAGCGCCCUCAGUCAGAUCAUCAGGGAAGCAAAGGUUAACCAAAAAGACCUCACUGUUGUCUGGCUUGACAUUGCCAAUGCGUAUGGCUCCAUACCACACAAGCUAAUUGAGACCGCACUGAAGCACUACCACAUCCCAGACCAUGUGCAACAGAUUAUCAAUGAGUACUUCAGUAACAUACAACUACGGUUUGCUGUAGGAGAACAGUCAACACCUUGGAUAAGGCUCGAGAAAGGAAUAGUAACAGGCUGCACUAUUUCAGUCGUGUUAUUUGUGAUGGGAAUGAACUUAAUUAUCAAUGCUGCAAAGAGGGAAACCAAAGGACCAAAGACAACCUCCGGAAUAUACCUCCCAUCCAAUAGAGGUUUUAUGGAUGACCUCACGGUAACUACAGCGACACACGUGCAAGCUCGUUGGGUUCUUAGAGCAUUGAAUGAGACAGUGACUUGGGCAAGAAUGAAGUUCAAACCAAAGAAAUCGAGGAGCUUGGUAAUCAAGAAGGGAAAGGUUACUCAAAGGUUCACCCUCCAGGUACAGAGCGAAGACAUACCAUCCAUAGUAGACAAUCCUAUCAAAUGCCUAGGAAAAUGGUACGAUGCCAGCCUUAAUGACACAAGCAGCACAAACCGCACCAAGAACCAACUCCAAGAAGGUCUGAAGCAGAUAGACCAGACAUCACUUCCUGGGAAAUUCAAGGCAUGGUUAUACCAACAUGGAUUGUUACCAAGACUCAUGUGGCCUCUAAUGCUGUAUGAGAUAGCAGUUUCUACUGUGGAAGGCUUUGAAAGCACCAUCAACAGAUACCUCCGUAGAUGGCUUGGGGUCCCACCAAGUUUCACCAGCAUCGGACUAUAUGGGAGGACCAACCAGCUCCAACUCCCAAUAUCAUCAGUUGUUGAGGAGUACAAAGUUGCCAAGGCCAGGAUGGUGGUGACACUGAAAGAAUCUUCUGAUGACCUGAUCAGGAUGGCAGGCAUAGAGACUAGAACCGGAAGGAAGUGGUCGGCAAGCCAGGCGGUGUCCCAAGCUGAAAGUAUACUGAGACACAAAGACAUCGUCGGAACUACUACGGAGGGCAGACAAGGGCUUGGUAUGAUAAAACCACAGCGAUGGAGUACGGCAGAUAAAAGGGAGAGGAGUCAGAUGGUGCAGAAGGAAAUCAGGGCGAGCGAAGAGGAGAGCAGAAGAGCCCGUUCAGUUGAAAUGGGUGGACAAUGUGCCUGGAACAAAUGGACAACAACAGAGAGGAAGUUUACUUGGGCAGACAUAUGGCAGUAUGAGCCGCUAAGACUCAAAUUCCUGUUAAGGUCAGUUUACGACCUGCUGCCAUCCCCAACCAACCUCCACAGAUGGGGUCUAGUAGAAGACCCAAGUUGCAGUCUUUGUAACAAGCCAGGCACCAUGGAACACAUCCUGUCAUCAUGUCAGACUUCGCUGACACAGGGCCGCUACAGAUGGAGACAUGAUGCUGUCCUUAGGGAGCUAGCAGAUGUACUUGAGCGCGAGAGAAGGAAGAAAAGAACAGCAAAGAAAACAGCAUCUACAAAGAUCAACUUUGUCAAGGCAGGGGAAACAACCACAAAGCAAGCUCCUAGAAACACGUCGAUCUUAGAUGAAUCAGACCAAUGGGAGAUGAAAGUCGACUUAGGGAAGAAGUUGGUCUUUCCCGAGAUUGUCUAA